UUGAGCCUACGGAAGUGACGGUCCAUGUGUGGAUUUUUACAGUUCCCUCUUCUCAGCUGUCUCCUCACUGACAGGAACAUUGGUCGCCAGACAGGCACACUUGCAACCAUGAUGCUGAAGCAGUACUUUCUAGGCUUCCUCAUCAGGUCCCUCCUGGCCAGUGGAACAGGUAAGUACUUGAUUACUUCCUUUUAAUUGGCCACUUUUGAGUCUGAUCAAGACAAGGAAUGGCUUGGAUGAUUUUCUGGACUCUGUAAGGUCACCAAAUGGUCCCAGCAGACAUGGGGGUCAGUUGCCUUCUGUAUCCUGAAUGCAUAGCUCCAUAGGGAUUGAGUUAAGGACAGAGAGGUCACUUUCACAGUAGAAAACAAUUCAUAGUCUCACUCUCUCUCUCUCUCUCUCUCUCUCUCUCUCUCUCUCUCUCUCUGUCUCUCUCUCUCUGUCAUUAAGUGAUUAUGAGCACAAGACACAAGACCCUAAGCCACAUAGUCAGGACCUAGGUUUCACCUGCCAUUUGUUGCCUAGAAAAACAGGCAUCUUACUUAACACCCUGUACAAGACUUUUCUCAUCUGUGGAGUGAAGACUGUAGGUCACUGCGUAGACUUAGAGUUAGUGUGUAUGUUAAGAGCUGAAAGCAGCCUCCCCCACAAAACAGAGACCACAAACAAAUUGUGUUUACUGAGAAUUCUUCAAGAACAUUUAUCAAGACAAACCUCUCAGAAAGGCCCCUGGUGUCCCAAGUCAAUAGAUGGGGACUGUCACUUAAGUGGCUUAAAUAAGUGCCUACAACUAGGGAGCUGUUCUAUGACUCUACAUUAAAGCAACCCCAGCCUCUAUCUAACAGAAAUAUGGGAACUACAGUAGGCUAUUCCUCUUGUCCUUGGUAGCAAGGACUUACUUAGCAGGAAUUCAAGGGCAAGCAAAAUGACCCUGCUUCCCUACCAUACCACAUCUGUAUCCUUGGGCAUGACGUGUCACUUUGUUGAGCCUGUAUCCACACCUGGAAACACAGUAAUAAUAAUAUCUCUCUAACCUAGUUGUCUGGGGAUACCUUGAAAAGAAUGAGCGCAGCUUCCAAUGAAUAUUUCUAUCCGUUCACUAGUAAGUGUCAAGAAGGAAGAAGUUGGAGGAGGCUUAUUAUUCUAAAGGCUUAUUAUUGCUGUAUUCGUCUGCCUCCACCAUCAGCUCUUCUCACCCAGGACUUUACUUUUAGUUUUCAGUAGUAAGGAACAGCCUGUUGAGUCAACCUGGGCACAAAACCAGCUUUAACACUUGCUCCUGGGCAGAUUCGUCACUUCUCCAAGGCUCAGUCUCUAGACCAUGAGAGGAAGACUUCAGCGGUAUCUUUAUCAACAAGCAGAUGGUGGGAAAAGCCUCUGGGUGCUUUAUGCACCGUGAGUUGUUACUGAGGACAGUGGUGAAGUGAAGCUGUUAGAAAAAUCAAAGACCUAAGAGACAGGGGGCAAAGAGCCAACCAUCGUUAGCAAGUCAGCUCUGCGUGGGUCUUCAAGAGAUGGCGCCUGUCAUCUCCUGAUCAUUUUUAUAUAUUUAAUAGGAUUAAGCAGAUAGUGAUCUGGGUUCACAAAAUAAGCCUUGGGCAUGGGCUUUUUCCAAGUCCAUACCAUAUUCAUGCAUUGCAGGAGGCCUUCAAAACAUAUACAAAAAAAAAAUAGUAAUAACAAUGUCAACAUCAUUCAGCAGGUAAGAAGAAAUUCCCAAGGAAGCCAUCCUUUUCUCCCUUGUCAGAAACUUUGGACCCUGAAAUAAAUCUUGUCCUAAAUCUCUGGCAUCUGUAAGAUUAAAUGUAGUUAUAGCUAGGUCAUCCAUGUCAUAUGGUUUGAAGAAGAAAACACAAAAAAUCCUGCCAUGUAAAGUGUUGCCCUUUCCUGCCUAUGACCUCACAUUCUCACCAGAGCCCACAGCAGGUCUUGGCUAAUGCCCGCUACUGUAGGUCAGUGAAUCUGAACAGCUAGCUCUACUUGGGUACUUGUAGCAAGUAGACAGGCGAUGGGUCUUUCAUCAUAGUUGUUACAUCCCAUCGCUUUUUGGGAAUAAACUAUUCUUUCCAUGAGUUUUAGUUCCUUUACCCAUGAGGGAGUCCUGGGGGUUGGUGGUAUCAUGACCUUUCUUUCCUAGUAUGAAACACAUCAUUCUACAAUUUUACCUUAGACUAAGGGUAUAUGUAGCUCAGUGGCAGAGAACUUGCCCUGAGUUCACUCACUAGAACUGGAGAAGGGAGGGGAUUUUCACCAGGCAUCAAAAUCAUCAUACUUAAGAGUCAACAAUGUUCAUUUCUAACUCACGGUCACUAGUGCCUUCACUUAGGGUGACUCCCCAAGGACCCCUGAUGCAGAAAUUACAUGAAAACCUUCUGCCUCUCACAACAAUAGUGAUCACAGUAAUGUCCAAUGCUGUCCUUCUUGCCACUUUAGAAACCUGGACAGUCCAUGGAUCUCUGAAGCCUCAGAAGGUCCAAUUUCAGUCCAGAAAUUUCCACAACGUUUUGCGCUGGCAGCCAGGGAGCUCCCUCACCGCCAAUGGCAGUGUCUACUUUGUGCAGUACAAAAUGUAUGGACAGAGACAAUGGAAAAAUAAAACGGACUGCUGGGGAACCACAGCACUCUCUUGUGACCUGACCAAUGAAACCUUAGACCUGUAUGAGCCAUACUACGGGAGGGUGAAGACAGCCUGGGCUGGGAGGUACUCCGCCUGGAGCAGGACACCCCGCUUCACCCCGUGGUGGGAAACAAAGCUAGACCCUCCAGUCAUGACUGCAAUCCAAGGGAAUGCAUCUUUGCUGGUCCUUCUCCGUACCCCAGAGCUGCCAUACAGAAACCAACAUGGAAAAAAUACAUCUAUGGAAAACUACUAUGACUUAGUAUACCGAGUUUUCAUAACUAACAAUUCACUGGCAAAGGAACAAAAGGCCUAUGAAGGAACUCAGAGAACGGUUCGAAUUGAAGGUCUGACACCCCAUUCCAGUUACUGCAUAGCAGCUGAAAUAUAUCAGCCCAUGUUAGACAGAAAAAGCCCAAGAAGUGAGCGGAGAUGUGUGAAGAUUCCAUGAGUCAGUCUGAGGCGCUCUGCAGGGCAGAAUCCAUCUGAGGGUGGGAUGGUUCCUGCCUGCAACAGCCUGCUGAACGUCUGUUUCUAUUUUCUUGGAGCAAUGUCUACCAACACCUUUCAAGGAUUUCUCUGUCAACACUUCCUUUUCUGUUUCAGUUAUAAAGUAAAUUUGAACAGAUUCAAAAAUUAGAGUUUAAAGAAGAGAUAAAGAAUAAAGAGCUUGUGAUGGGGUGUGUCUUUAAUCCCAGCAUUGGAGAGGCAGAGGCAAGCAGAUCUCUGACUUUGGAACCAGCCUGAUCUACAUGGAGAGUUCCAGGCUAGCCAAGGCUACACAGUGAGACCCUGCCUCAGUAUAGUAAGAUAAGAUAGUAAGAUAAAGAUCUUCUAUAAAACACAGAAGUUUGUUUCUGAAUAUAGCAAUCCUAACAAUCGUUUUUUCUGUUAAAAUUGCAAAAUAAGAAUAAAGGAAUAAGAGGCAUUUAAUAAAAUGUUGCAAUAAUUUUUAAAGCAUUAUAAACAGGCAAUCCUGCAUCAAUAUUUUUUCUGCUUUGCCAUAGAUACAUUGAUUUAAUAUUUUAUAUGAAUGAAUAUAUUUCUGUACAUCUCUAUUUUACAUGAAUAUAUUUUCAUAAUUUUAUUUCUUAUGAGGUAUUUCUACUUAGUGACCAACACUUUAAAAAUAACCUCUCAUGGCUCCGAAUUAAUCUCUAGAUUAAGAUUUUCAACAAUAGAAUGUAAAUAUUGCAGGAAGUCUCCAUAAUACAAUUUCUCCUCACUUAACACAUAAUGUUAGUAAGACUACCCUUUCUGGCUUUGUUUCUAAUAUUGCCUUAGAACUUCCCCAUGGUGUCAAAGUGGAGCUAGCAUAUAUGUAUCAGCAGCAAAGACAGAAGAAACAUAUAGACCACACUGAUAACUCAGCCAUUCAGGCAAAGGGGUAGCUUUCUGUCGGAAUGAUAGUUGUGUUGAGGACAGUUGGAGUCCAUGUAGGAAACUUGGCUGGAAGCUGAAGGCAGACAGUGGAUGCCUAAAUUGUUUCUGAGAUUAUAAAGAAAAUCAAAACCCUGUGAACUCCACUGCCUCUCCUGAGCAAAGCUCAGGUGGCCUAAGGCUCAGAAAGUGGCUAAAUCUUUCUGUAACUCAUUGAACUUAAGAUAUCUGCUAGCGAGGAGACGUGUAUGAGAGAACAUUGUGAUCUUCAUGAGAGAUGCUCCAAAAUAUAACUUCUAAAAAUACAAUGUGUUAAAUGGCCACAGACUGUUCAAAAUGUGAGAGAAGUAUGUGAAGCAAUAUCUGGAGCACUGGCUUUGCUGUCGUGUGUCUUCAGAAAACAUUUGAAUUAUUCCAUUUUUAUUUCUUUGUGUGGCUUAGUACCUUUUUUAUGCUUUUGUACUUUGGGAAGGGGAUGACUUGAGGAGGAGGACCCCAUCAUUGGGACUCAGGAGCGUGUGUCACGGUGGCAGCAGUGAGGUUGUAAACUCAGUCAUCUGAAGCCUCAUGACACAGAGACCAAUUGUUAGCACAUGAAUGUUGUCAGACAAGAGAGUUUUGCUUUGAUUUGGUUUUGCUUUGGGUUUGCCUUCAUGCCUGAGCACAGCCGUGCUUAUAUAAGUAUGAAAUGCUUUGAGAAACAUUACAAUGUUCACAUUCUUGACUAUGUUAAGAACACAUUGUCAUAUUAUUUCAAUAAAGCUCACUUCUUACUUUACACAUUGAAGUAGUUGUUAUUUGGUGUGAGUCGGUCUGAUGAAAUCUCACUUAGUCAUUUGGGGUUUACAGGAAACUACAGCUAGAAAGGAGCCCUGUGAGCAAGCCUCCAGGCACUUCUUGAGAGUGUCCUGCCAUCAUUAUAUUGAGCAACUGAAAAUAUGAAAAUAUGUAUUUGAAGUGAACGUGCCUUCUGUCCUGCAUCUGAAACCAUAUUGUACCCAGGGCUGAUAAUCCUGAAAUUGACUCUAUUUAAUUGGUUCAGACAUUUGCCCCUUUUUCAUGCCCAUCCCUCAUCUUAGCAGGAAGCCCAGGACUCCUGCAUGACAUCCCCACGUGUUCUCUCCCUUUCCCUGUCCCUGUUUGUCAUCUUCUGAGAGACCACCUCACCUCCAUCCCUGACAUACACAGAGGGUAAUCACCUGGUGGGACACGCCUUGGGAGUUUAGGGCAGAGUCUGUUGCCAGUGCUGGAACCAUGUGCUGUCGGGAUCAGAUGAGAACCAUGUGCUGUCGGGAUCGGAUGACCCUGGAACUGCCAAGGGCAAUGGUUCCAGCAGCUGGAGAACACAGGGAAGAGAAGGAAGCCCCCAAGGAUGACAGAGCACUAGGGAGAGAGGAUCUUUGAUAAUAUAAUCCAGCUGAACUGAGAACCAGCUCUAUUUCAGAACUUUGGGUCUAAGUGGACAAAUAAUUUUUUUUGCUACUUUAAUUGGACUUGAAUUUCUGUCCUUUUCCAUCAGAAGAUCCGUAAAUGAGACAACAAUACAAAUGUGUGUGGCAGAGAUUAUGUACUAUUUACCAAAGUAACCUUUGCCCAUCAUUCUUUAAACUUUCCAUUUUCAGAAGAACAUUCUGGAAAGGGUUUCUUUCCAUAGCUGACACACUGGAAAGCCCUACAGGAAUGUUUCUGUUUAUUCUGGUCAGGACUUUACGAGAUGGUUCCAACCACAGGCUUGUGUUUUCAGCAAAUGCUCAUUUGGCUAUACCACUUGGUCCGAAUUUCCGUUUCCUUGGCUCUAAAUACAAGCAAGAUUUCAUUUCUACUCAUUAGAACAGCGAGUCAAGGGCCCAUGUGAUAGUGUCCAGAAGCCAGAGACUGUGUAAAUACAAAAGACCAAUAGCUCUCUUUUGCUCUGUGAAUAUAAUCUUCAGGAGCAAAAUGUCUUUUAUUUUUAAAUUGAGAGACGGUCUUGCUCUAUAAAAAGCCUAAGUUUAGGCUCAAAUUUAUGAUCCUCUUUCCUCAGCCUCACAAGGACUGAUAUUACAGGCACAAGCAAACAAACUCGACUCAAACCCGUUUUUCCUUAAUAUUCCAAAUUCAGACCAGAAAUGAUUUGUGACAUCCUAAUACAUGGGCAGGGCAGUGUUAGCAAAUGAACUAUGGAUUUCAUCUAUAAUGUUCUCAGGGCUUGGUCAAAUAAUUUCUUGCAUG